AUGCCAUGGCACGCAGGAGGCAAGGUGUCCACGUCCCAUCCCAACGUCAACUUUCUCGGACGUCGUUACGAGCACACUGAAGACCGCCUUUUGCGUGGGCAGCUCGAGCUUGGCCUAGGCUACCAAGGCCCUUUUGUUAGUGACGACACGCCGCUGCAUUACUGUGAUGUGAGGGGUGGGUUUGGGGAACAGAAGGUCCGCGUUACGAGUAGGAGUGGUCGAUUCGGAAGUGAUGAUUUGAGUAUGAACGUUGGGUACCGACGCAUUAGGACAAGUAGGGAAUACUGAUAUUCUGCGUGGUUGCUGGGAUGGUUAUAUGAUAGUACUUAGAGUCACUACGUCGUAGUUCCCGCAACUUUACACAAAUGCUACAACUG